CAAUGAUCCCCGCUCUGUGCCGCGGGAAUCACCAUAACAAACCCAAAACAAUACAAUUCAGCCCAUAUCAGAGGCAGGGGCCUCAUUCGCUCUACAGAAACCUUCAUUUAUACGUUUAACUCAUGAGUUAAGGGCAUAAAAACACACAACUCCGAUUUAGCUACUGCGUCCUAUGAUGUGUAGUAAUAGGAGUAACGUUAGCUAUACGUUGUCUGCAGUUGGAGUGGACAGUGAACCAAGUUCAGUCCCAGCAGCUGUAAAAUAAAUUCAGGAGACCUCUGUUCUGUAAAAUUACAACCAAACAUGUGUACGAAGUAGGUGAACGACGUUGAGAAAUGGCCUACCGAAUGACAAAAGAGGAGCUGGACCAGCAGUUUGAACAGUUUUUGAGAGAGUCAGUCUCUGAUGACUCGAUUGAACUGGGCGGCAAGUCUGUGCGCCCCAGUGUCUUGGAUCAGUUGGGAAAGGUACCAGAGAAGCAGGUGAAGAAAAGUCAUGUGCCUGUUCCCUGGUGGCAGGAUGAUGAAGACAGUGAGGAGGCCCUGGGAAAAGAUGAAGCAGCUGAAUGUAGGUUCAUCAAGGGUAAAAACAUUCAAACUGUGGACAUUCAAGAGGGGAGCAGACAGAGACAGAGUUCAUCUCUGGUAGUCCCCACUAAGCCCACUCCUAAACCUCGCAGCAAGGCGCUCGACAUGGCCAGCCAUCUGGACAAGAUGUGUCUGCCUAAUCAGGAGACUUCCUUCAACGCAGAUAGGCAGAGGGGCUCUGAACACAUUGUUGCAAAGCCUAAGAGCCAUCCAUCAAAGGAGCACAGUUAUUCAGAAGAAAUAGGUGCCUCAGAAGAUGGCUUUCUUGCAGAGUCAAGUAGUCCAUUCACACCUGAGAACUCCCACUGUGCACCAAGACAGUCAAGUGUCAUUCUCAUAGACUCUGACAACGCUUCCACAGUGAGCAGUGAUGCUGAUUCUUCCAGUAGUGACAAUGGAGCGAUGGACCCUGCAAAGACCUUCCGCAAAUCGUUAAGGAAGUCGCAGCCCAUCAAGGAGGUUGAUGAAGAGCAGCUGAAGGAGCACAGCUUUGAAAACAAGUCCAAAGGGGACACGCUCAUCUUCAGCAGAGAUAGUCUAGAGCCUGAAGAUUCAGUGUUGGCAUUUGGAUCGGCACGUAAUGCAGCUGGGCUAAGCCUGAAUGAUGGGGAGGGGGAGGAGGAGGAGGAGAAAGCAAGGUUUUUUGCCUACCUGGACAAAAGAACGGAGUCUCAGGGUGAUGACCCCAAAUUGGACAAAAAGCAAGAAUCCAGCGGCUCCACUUUCAACUCGCCACAAAGGGGUGGAGCUGUAUCUUUGACAAAGCAAGAUCAAAGUGAAGAUGGAGAAAGAGUUUCUGUUAAAAACAACUCGGCAGCAUCCCCUGCUUACAGUGAAGAUUUUGAGGAUGAGACAAGUCCAAAGGAAUUUGAAGAGAAGAAACCUGAAAGGUGUGGCAUGCUGGCUAAAGUGUCACUGCAUGACUCUCUAAACUCUACGGAUGGAGCUCAGGUGCAUGCUCUUGCAAAUAAUGCUGCAGAGAGAACAGAAUACCUUCACGCCAGAAUGGCAAAGGCAGCAGGAGAAGGUAAUACAGGUCAGUCGUAUGGGCAGAGUGGUGCAAGUGAGAUGGAGGCGUUGCAGGAGGCAUACAGGCAAAUCAGUCAUUCAGUGGGAGAGUGUGAGGAGAAAGUUCAAGAGCCAAGCAGGAGUCCAGCCUCUCCUGCUACUCCUGAGUGCUCCAGAGGAACCUUCAAGCACCUCUCCACGGCAGAGUCAGAUUUACCCACCGCAGAGGAGCUAAUGCGGGCUAUCGGACCAGACUCUGGAUUCAUGUAUGGCCUUUCUCUUCAGCCCCUAAGAGAAGCAACAGGAGGUGCUGAAAGGAUGGCUUCAGAAAGCAGCCCUGUGAGAGCUAAAUCUGAAGACCCUGCUGGUGAGAUCACAGGGGCAGUUAAAGAGAACCCUGCAGUAAUGGAGCCACACCUAGCCUCCCCCCAUAACAGACAAAGCAGUAUUGCUGAGGAGGUGAAGAGGCUCAUGCAGGAGCAGGAAGAUUGUCAGGGACAACACCCAAGUGUCUCCAGCAAAGGCAGGAAGCAGAAGGUUUCUGGCAGAUCUACCACCACAGCUUCUAGUUCGUUUGCCUCUAGAAAAGCUCCAGUACCAUCUGUGAGGACCAAGAGAGCUGAGAUUAGACCAUUACCAAAGGCUUCUGCGCCUAACAGGACUGGCCACGCAGCUAAACCUCCAUCUGCACUGGUUCAAAAAAAUAGUCAGAACACCACCACCACUGAGGCACCUGCUCUAAGCCAGGCACAUACUGUCAAAGGUCCAGACUCUGGUUUGAGGCUAAGCAAUGAGCUAAUUGCCUCUGUCCAGUCCUUUGCUGCCUUUUUACAGCACCAGAUGAGUGAACUGAGCACUGGCUGUACUGACCGUUCAGACAGCAGUACACAACAAGUAAACAGAACUGAGUUGGUAAAGGAUGUACCUGCAGGCAGUGGUCCGGACCUGCCCUCGGAGCGCUCCUCCCUGGAGUGUCUGCGUCUGCAGCUGGCUCAGAGAGCGAGACAGCUUCUCCUCAGAGAAGAGCAGCUACAGCAAGACCACAGCAGGGAGAUCAGUGCACUUAGACAGGAGAACUACAUGUUGCACAGCAAGUUGUGCAGCGUAGAAGAAGCCAGUAAGAACCAGCGAUGGAGUUUUGGCAAGGCUUCAGACCCAGUAACAGAGGAGAAACUCAGACUGAUUGAGAAAGAGAUGAAGGAACAGGAAACACUGAUUCAGGGCUAUCAGCUGGAGAAUGAGAAAUUGUGCAUGCAGGUGAAGACCCUCCAGGCGCAAAGUAAACAACAUGAAGAGGCCAUGUUCACAGAGAACCAGCGGCUGCUCUCUGAAUUAGCCUUCACGAAGGAACAGUUAAAUAGGAACAGUAAGCAGAAGACAGUGGGGAGUGUAGCUGCUUCAGACCAAGGAUAUGGUGUUACCGAGCUUAUGGCUCAAGUGCAUGCUGCACAGAGGAGGGAACUACAACUGCAGGAGGAAAUCCACAAGCUCAAGCAAGAGAAGCAAGCCCUACAGGUGGAUCUGCAUGUGAUAAAAAAAGAGAGAGACCUGGCAAAAACACAAGUCAUGUACGCUUCAGGUGAUAAGGGCUUUGAGCUGAAGCUUCUGGAGGAGAGGCAUAAGGAGGAGGUUUCUGUGCUGAAAAAGAGGCUGCAGUGGUAUGCUGAGAAUCAGCAGCUGCUGGACAAAGAUGCGGCCAGAUUGAGAGUAGCUAAUGCAGAGACACAGAGACUAACUGAGCAGGUGGAGAAGCUUAAGAUGGAGGUAGCCAAGCGAACCAACCAGCAGCGUAAGAAGGCUCAGGAGAGGGCUGGAGAGGCCAGGAGGAUUCAGGACCUUCAGCGGCAGGUAAAAGAGAUGGAGGACAUACUUCGCCGUAGGCAUCCGAACUCCUUGCCAGCUCUGAUCUACGCUGCAGCAGCUGCAGGUGGAGAGGAAGGACGAAGCAGUUGUCAACACACAGCUCCUCAGCCCUCGCAGACAACAGCCCUGCUGGAGAGACGCAUCCACAGACUGGAAGCUGAGCUUGAGGGCCGCGAUGAGGAAGCCAAGCGCUCCCUCAGAGCCAUGGAGCAGCAGUUCCAAAGAAUCAAGCUCCAGUAUGAGCAGCAGAUCUCAGAGCUGGAGCAGCGGUUAGCUGAGCGAAGUCAGGAGCAUCAGGGCGAUUUGUCUCAAGACUCGGGCACCCAGGCUGAGCCACUGCAGGAGGAGCUGAGGAAGCUGAGGGAGGCCCAUCAGUGCCAAGUGAACGCUUUGAGGGCUGAAGUGGCCUCUCUGCAGGAACAAGUAAGCCAAGCACUUCCUUCAGCAGAGGUGGAGAAGCCAUCCCGCAGCCCAUCACGACACCAGCGGCAGGCAGAGGCAGCGCAGUCAGCUCGAAUAGAGCGCCUAACCCAAGAGCUUUCUACCAAGAGCCGCACCAUUCAGGAGCUGCACCGUACCGUGGAGCGUCUGCAGAGAGAAAGGAGGACCAUGCUCUCUGCUCCAAGGGUCGAGGGGUCCAGCACUAAGCCCAAGCAACACCACUCAGACCCAGCCAAAGAUCCAUUUUCUGUUCCCGCUGAGACUUUCCCACCAACCCAGGAUGAGAAAUACUAUCAGCCCAAGGCUUUUUCAGGGUCACACAUUACUGAGGUGCAGCAGGAUAAUGACCGGUUGAGACUCAGACAGGAGCAGCUGGAGCUGCAGUGGGAGCAGGAGAGAAUCGCACUUCAGGCAGCUGCUACACAAGCACGCAAUGAACUCCACAAGGAUCAGGAGCACAGCAUGGAGCAACUUGCCGUACUCAAAGCUGAGCACCAGAGGGAGAUGGAACAUCUUGUGGCUCGCCAUGCCCUCGAGCACUCCUCCUCCAAAGUGACUGAACUCACAAAUCAGUUAAAGACCCAAGAGAUUAUGGUGCUGCAUUUGCGUGAGCAGGUGAAGGAACUGCAAAGCACUAAAGACUCUCUUGCUGUGUCUAAAAUCAGAGAGGAGACUUUGCAGAACCAGCUGGCAAAGCUUCUGGAGGAGCUUAAGCAGGCAAAAGAGGCCCACAGUCCUGAGCUGAGACACUUUGCCAGCCUUGAGCACAAAAUCCACUCCAUGGAGCGUCGAUACAAUCAGCGUGAGCAAGAACUGCAGCAGAUGAUCACUCAGACACGCUCAGUGGUGGAGCAGGAACAGCAGGCUGAGGUGGCUCGCUGGAAGAAGUUAGCUCAGGGAAAGGGCAGUGAACUGGAGGCCUUCAGACUAGAGCUGGACUCUAUACUGGACGUGCUUCGAGAGCUGCAGAGACAGGGUGUGGUCAUCCCUGCCUCACAACACGCCUCUCCUCUUGGCAUUGUAUUUCGGCCUCUCCGAUCCUGACUUAAUUUCUCCAUUAACCAGCCAUUACACUCAGGUAUGUUUAGGACAAUGUUUGGACCGCAGCUCCUGUAUCUGGGAAUUAGCCACCUAGUUUUUGUGCUUUGGACAAAUACUGGACCACUCUAUGCUAAAUUAAGCUCAAGGUUGAUUUAUUAUUGAAUAAACUGUUUACAAUGGUUAAGCUGAAGUAAAUAGCAUGCCUGAGAUUCUGUUAGAAUUUUUCUUGUUACUAUGUGUGUGGACAGGGUGUUUUGGCAGCUCUCACUUUGACAGAUGUAGUGACUAAGUGUUAAGCUCUUAGUUUGCCGAGUGCCAGCUAGAAAGGUCUAGAAAAGCGUAAAAGCAGAUAAAAUGCAGUGGCACAUGGUGAUUAGUGAUGUCAUCUAAUGUUUGCAGACAGUUUAUAUAAAACCUUCAAGCAAAUUGACACAACUGAAGUGGAAUGAAACUCUUACAUGUAGCUUCUUUACCUAUACAUGUAGCUUCUUGACUUUGACCAGUGCACAUAGGGUUCUCAGUUGUUGUGCCUUUUUCUGUAUAAAGGAAACCUGAAAGUGGCUGUUAAAUCCACUUCACUAGUUCUACAGAAAACCCAGGGAACCUUCACAGAAAACCUCAUCACUCAGGUAUCACUAGAUUAAAAUGUGAACCUCUGCUGGCCGUACUUAAAGGGCUACGGAGAGAUACACAAGCAAAGAGACUGAUGACUGAUUUCAGGUUAAAUUUCCCAGAGCAGGUCAAGGCACAUGCUGUUCUCUGCUCUCUUAUGAAAGUUUAAUUUAAUUUCCAUCUUACAUGUAAUAAAUCGCGCUGGAUUGCAGAUGUGGGCACACCGUUAACAUUUAAGGUCAUUUCCCAGUAAUGUCAAUUGCACAUGUACUACAAAACAAGUAAUUUAAUUUAUUUUUCAAAGUAGAUUUUUUUCAUUAUGUGUAUUGUGCUGUCUUAAAUAUUUAUUGACAUUAAAGUGAAAAUAUAACUUGUGAAAAGUCUUAUUAAACAUCUAUCUGUAGUAGUGCGUUUAAAAACCCCUGUACUCGAAAUGUGUUGUUUAAAUGUUUAACUCUUUCGUAGUUUAUGAUUGAGGAUUGUAACCUGCAGUGUUGCCAGAUUUAGCAUCUUUUCAUACCUUUUUUUUUUUUUUUUUUAAAAAGCGGAUUUAACCCCAACCAGAUGUAAAAGGCACACUAGUGAAUGUGACACUAGGCUGAAUGCAAAUACAAUACAAUGAUGUCACCAAUGUA